CCUGCCUGACCGCAUCUCCUCCUCCCGAGCAGGCGAGAGAGCCGCGUCUCUCCACUCCAGGUCCAGCUGUAUGUCCGCGAGGCUGCUCAGUGCAGGUGGGGAUAGACUGUUAUCGAUGCUUUGCACCUGAUGUGAGAAUUUGAAACAAUUACUGAAUACACCGUCUGGAGCAAUGGGAACAUUUGGAGUGAUAAUAGGGAUUUUACAGUAUGCGGGACUUUACGUUCAACUUAACGCGGCUCUAGAGGACGGAUACCUCGAGGUGGAUAAUCACGUCUCUGGAAAUGCUCUCUUUACAGAGGUCCCGCAUGACAUCAUAACCCACAGUGGUGAGGAUGUAGAGAUGGCCUGUUCCUUCCGUGGGGCAGGCCCUCCUUCCUACUCCCUGGAGAUCCAGUGGUGGUACAUCAAGGACCACAGAGACUGGCAAGAGAAGACUCCCCAUAUUACUAACAAUGUUGUAACCCUGGAGGAGAUGUCCAAGGAUGCCACCAAAAUUAGCGUGGUUAAGGUGGCUGGUAGCAACAUAUCUCACAAACUCCGUCUCUCCAGCGUCAAACCAUCAGACGAGGGCACCUACGAGUGUCACGUUAUUGACCACAGCGGGCCAGUGGCCCAGCGCCAUCGUGUCCGGGCCUACCUCCAGGUGAAGCCUGAGGAGAGUCUGAUCUCAGAUGAUGUCCAGCUACAGGAACCAGGGUACCGGUCACAAAGGAAUCAUCCCCACACAUCCCACCAGACAGAGGGCAGGGAACUGAGGAAGGAAACAGCUGGCAGCCCUGCUGACUGUAACGAAAGCUGUGUGUUUUAGAGCAGGCGGUCGGCCCAUCUGCAUGUUCAUGACUUACCUCUGUAAGGAGGGACUAUCAUCACAGUAUCCACCACAAAGAUGACACAUUGAUUCUACCUUGACCCUUUGUGUUGGUUUGUUAUUUAUGUUGUUUGGAAGCCAGUGCUGUUGAAUACCAUUACGAGGCACUGACAGUAGUACAUCAGUCUUUUUUUUGUUGUUACAUUCUUGUACUGCUUGCAGUUGAUUGAAGUUUGUUACUACAGCAGUAAGGCUUUAAUAAAACAAAAAAGCUCUCA